CAAACUCUACUUCACGUGUUGCAUCAUCAGCUAUCUAUCGGUCCGUAAAGUCUGCGUUCGGUGAUGUCUGAGAAGGAGGACCGAUUGCAAUCGUGCCGUCUCAUUCUCAACGCUCUAAAUAUCUCAACUACCGUCGAGCGAUCGGCGAGAGGCACACCCAUCCUGCUGCUCAUGUCAAAUCCACUUGCUUUGACAGUCCCCAACGAGCAACGAUCAGCCCAAAAUGGUGUGCUUUUCACGUGAACGGAAAUUGAAUACAGUUGCCAGGGCGUCGCAAAUUGCCAUCUUCCAACGUAGAAGAACCCAAACGAGGACGAUUCUUCUGGACUCGCUUGAUGCUCCAAUCGCUGGGCAUCACACGUUCCAUCACUUUGUGGCGUGUUGGCGUUGCGGCAUCCAGGCCAUCCGAGGCACGCGAGAGAACUAUCUACAUGCAGGCAUCGAAAGAUUUCACCAACAGGAGACACCUGCAAUCACGGCCUGUCCGGAUUGGCGUCGGCGGGCCCCGGCCGCCGAGGCGUGGUGCUCAUCAGGCCAGCCAGCCACAAUCUAUGGGGGUGGUGCGCACAAAAUAAAGAAGCGCGCGUCGGGUUGUGCCGCGUGGGCCGCUCAUGCCCUAUCACCAAAAUGUUCUAGAAACGCUUCUACGUGUCGACGCUACCGCAGCAAAGCAUUUGCUCGACUGAUGCAAUUGUUGCUGAGCGCUCAGUCGAUCUCCCACCAGCCUGGGCAGUGCUCGAAAUGACCAAGCCAUCAAUCUACCAUGGCUUCUUGAUGUGCAGAUGC